AUUAUUCCUCAGUUAGUAAUCACUAAUCAGUAUCACCGUUCCGCCUCUGCGGCUUCUUCCACCGACAUUCAAUCGGAUUUUCCAGUUUCAUCUCUCCAAUGAAAUAUCCGUGCGUUCAGUGUCGAUCAUAUCCCGAUAGCUUGUAGUAGUUUCCUCGAUUUCUAUCAAAGUUUGUUGACUGUCAACCGCGUGUUUCAACCAGGUAGUUCUUAUCAGCUCACACCUUCACCAUCAUGCAUCUAAAUAUUACCCCUUUAUAGUCUUCAGAGAAGAUUACUAAUUCAGCGUAUUUCUCAAGUUGUUUCGGUUUCUAAUAAUAAUCCCAUCAUGUCGAAAGUAACGGUGGUUCUUGGUGCCCAGUGGGGUGACGAAGGCAAAGGCAAAGUUGUUGACAUGCUUGCAGUUGAAGCCGAUCUUGUCUGCCGCUGUCAGGGUGGUAACAAUGCAGGUCACACCGUCGUUGUCGAUGAGAAAGAAUACGACUUCCACUUGCUGCCUAGUGGCAUGGUCAAUCCCAAAUGCAGCAACAUUAUUGGGAAUGGCGUUGUUGUUCAUCUACCAGGUCUUUUCGACGAAGUGCAGAAAAAUGAAAACAAAGGGCUAACAGGCUGGGAAAAGCGGCUCCUAAUAUCAGAUCGCGCUCACCUUGUCUUUGAUUUCCAUCAAAAAGUGGAUGGCCUGCAAGAACAAGAGAAAGGUAGCAUGUCUCUAGGAACAACGAAGAAAGGAAUUGGACCUGCAUAUGCCUCAAAAGCAACCAGGAAUGGGAUACGAGUGGCUGACUUGCUCGGAGAUUUUGAUGCUUUCUCUGAAAAAUUGAAAGCAAUCAUCAAGUCCUACAGAAGGAUGUUCCCAAGCCUGGAAGUAGAUGAAAAUGACGAAUUAGAAAAAUACAAAAAGUAUGCAGAAUCCAUCCGCCCCUUGGUCAUUGAGACGGUAUCCUACAUUCACAGUGCUCUGCGCGAUGGGAAAAAGGUUCUCGUUGAAGGAGCCAAUGCAGCAAUGCUUGAUAUUGAUUUUGGAACUUACCCUUAUGUAACGUCAUCCAAUUGUAGUAUAGGCGGUGUUUGCACAGGACUAGGAAUACCACCAUCGUCGAUCGGAGAGGUUAUAGGAGUUGUGAAAGCAUAUACAACUCGUGUAGGUGAUGGACCAUUCCCCACAGAGCUAACAAAUGAAAUUGGUGACAAGUUGCAGUCGAUAGGUCACGAGAUCGGAGUAACGACAAAAAGAAAAAGGCGUUGUGGCUGGCUUGACAUACCUCUGCUGUUGUACACUACCAUGGUCAAUGGCUACACAAAGAUUUGCCUUACAAAACUUGAUGUUUUGGAUACAUUUGAGGAAAUUCGGAUUGGUGUAGUUUACAUGAAAGGUGAACAGGUUUUGGAAUAUUUUCCGUCAAAUGCAUCAGAGCUUAAGAGCAUCCGAGUGGAGUAUUUGACAUUGCCUGGCUGGAACACAAGCAUAGAAAAUGUUCGUGUGUAUGACGACCUCCCUCCAAAUGCUAAACGUUAUGUUGAAACUGUCCAAGAACUUCUGCAAGUUCCAAUCAAAUACAUUGGAGUCGGCAAAGGUAGAGAAUCGAUCAUUAGUGUAUCCUAAGGAGCAGUGCCCUGAAGUUACCAAGCUUUUUUGUUCCUUCAAUCUAGUUAAGUUUUGAAGUCUAAGCUGUUGUGUAUUGCGUAAGUAAAACUACAAUUUUACCCAAAAUUCAGAAUGCUCUUUCAAAGGCGUUUCCUGAAGUUCAAGUUGCAUAGUUUUGGUAAAAUGCACACUCUCAGAAUGCCUGCAGAAAGACAACAACAUGAAAAAAUAGUUCCUUUUGCAGCAAUCAGUAAUUUUUUCCCUCUAAUUUUGAGAACUUAUAGGGCUCUCUUUUCCUCCUCUUUUUGGAAAAAAAUAUGAUUCUCAAUUUUGCCGCAGAACAAGAGCAUUUCUGUAUUCUCAUCAUUGACUGCAGAAAGCAGGAUAAAAACACCCAAGCCUCAAAUUCAUAGUUCAAUGAUAAUCUUCUCUGAUGUGUCCAGCUAUUGUUUAUUUCUAAGUUUUUGUUGACUUGAGGACCCAACAACCAAAUUAUGAUUUUGUCCCUCUCUGAGCAGUGAGUGCAAGAAUAGUGGUAUAGUGUACCUUGUCACACUCUAUAAGUGUGAGAAGCAUGAAAAAUUCAACGCAUGUUGUCUCAAGUAUAAUGUCUCCCCAAAGUGGAGGCACAAUACAGGAAAUGGCUAUGCAUUUUUUUCGGUGCAAGCAAGUACUCUUAGUCCAUUUUUAGUGAGAGGAAAUGUACAUCAAUGUCCUCAUCCAUUAAAAUGGUGAAACACUGAAAAAUGAUUGCUAAGUCGUAGGUCUGAUUGGGAGUUUUGGUGAGUCAAUGCUGAGCAUUCAGGCCCUUCAAGCCAACCAACUUGCCAUCUGUCAUCAAUAAGAUCUUUUGAUUUUCCAUUUUCUUUCAUUGGAAAUAAAUUUUCAAAUAAUCAUAUCUCAGGACUUUAAAGUGCACAAAAACUUUUUUCCCAAACAGUGCCUUACUUUUGUACUGUUCUAAAUGUUAACUCUGUCCCCAGGUCUCUCAACUUGUUUUUCAUGCUGUACCAUAAUAUUUAGAAGUUUGGAAAACUUCUAGUUCUUUUAAGAACCCAUCUUGAAUAUUACAUGUCAUACUUAUUUGAAAAAGUGAUAAAAUAAUGGUACCUACAUUAUGCUUUCUAUUCAUUUUUAUCCGUGACGUAUAGGCAUUUUCAAUUUUUUUUUCAAGAAUUGAUUAAUCAAUCAUAGGUAAUUUUAAGAAACAGCCAUUCAGUUAACUAUUCAAUCUACAUUUAAUGAUAGAUCAGUGAAUUCAAUAUUUUGUCAUUCAAAUCAAUCUCUUUCAAAGAUUCCUUCAAGGCGUUAAUCUUAACUAGUCCCUUGCGUUCCUAGCAAUACUGGUAUAGAAUUAGAUGUGCGGAGAGCCAUAGUCUACCUAAAUCAAUAAUUGUAUACCUCUCAGGUGGGAUAACAACCUUUAUUGUUAUAUUGGCCAGUAUUUGAGUUUUCAGAAGAGGAAAUGUCACAUUUACUGUCAGUCUACAGUGCGUAGAAAUGAAAGAAAAUAAUGAAAAAACAUUAAUUUUAUUUUUAUGCAGUGUAAAAUUGUCAUUGAAAAAAUUAAGUUGCUGUCAAAAAGUCAACAUUCAAUCUUUGUAUUUAGGUGCCAAAGGGUUUUUAGUUUAAAGUUUGUUUUGGGCCAGAUAGCUGGGAUGACAAUUUUUUUUCCUAGAUACCUCACUGACAAUUUUUUUUAGACUACAAGUAUUAAUAUUAAGACUCUUUGUCAGCUGCUUGCAGCAAAUUUUUAGUGUCAUCAUAAAAGACAUCAGGCAACAACAGUAUUUAUAUAAUCUUUACUCUUAUUUGUAUGAUGCACUGAGAAACAGACACAUCUGUGUAAAUUUGUGUGUUUUUUUAUCCUUUUCUUAUUUACAUGUUUAUUUUUUGGUAAAAACUUUUCUUUCUUUCGUUUUUUAAAGGAUAUUAAAUGUCCUAUGUUGUUCAUGUCAAAUUUUCUAGAAACUUUUAAAUUUGGUUGACAUUUCCUGUUGUUCGAAACAAAUAUAAAAAUACAAAAAAAGUCCUCCGC